AACACAAACGCCACAGAGGAAGAGCGCACUCCUGUCUCCGCAUCUGCAUCGUCCCGUGUCCUCCUCCGGUGUCUCCGCUCUGUCCCGGUGUCCUCCCCCGGGGCCCGGCAUCCUCCCGCCGCCUCCCGCCGCCUCCUCCGUGUAAACCCGGAGCUGUCGCCUCCUCUCCCCGGCUCUUCCUCCUCUGCUCCCCGGGCCUCGGCGCCUCCUCCCCGGCUCUUCCUCCUCUGGUCCCCGGGCCUCGGUGCUCCUCUCCCCGGCUCUUCUCGCGGUCCUCCCCGGGCCUUGGCGCCUCCUCCGCGGCCAUGGUGCAGGAGAUGGAGUCUCAGUGUGAAUACCUCAUGUACUUCCCCGCGGUGCCGCUCAGUGAGCUCAGUGACCCGGCCCGGUACCGGAGCCUCCCCCGCCGCAGUCACCUGUACCUGGGAGAGACCGUGCGCUUUCUGCUAGUGCUGCGCUGCAGAGACUCACGUCUGUCGGAGUCCACAGAGUCUGGGUCGUGGCGGGAUUUGGCGUCCUCGCUCUGCGCCGUGGCGAGCGUCUCCCCCGGCGACAGCUCCCGUCACCGUGGUAACCACCAUCACCACGGCGACGAGCAGGACGACUACAUGGCGGCGGCGGAGGCGGCCAUCGCGGCGCUGGGCAGUCGGGUCGACUCGAGGUGCCGAAGCUUCAGAGACUGUAAACCCCUGAUCAUCCACACGUCCAGAGGCCACAGGAGGGCCAACAUACAGUCUCCUCUGGAUGAACCUGUAGUUCUCUCUGAUGAGGUCAUCUUUCCUCUCACCGUGUCUCUGGACAAGCUCCCGGUCAGCACGCUCAAAGUCAAGGUGAUGGUGACAGUGUGGAAGAGGGAGCAGGACAAAGCGGAGGUUCAGGAGCUUGGUUAUCUGUCUGUUCUCCAGCAGAGGGCGCCGGUUCACACGUUCAGACAUGACCUCAACACCUUCAAGGCUCAAGUGAGUACGACUCUGAGCGUGCUCCCUCCUCCCACCGUGCGCUGCAAACAGAUGACUGUGUCCGGGCGCCACCUGGCUGUGCUCAAAGUCUUAAACGAGUGCUCUCAGGAGGAGCUGAGUAUUCGUGACGUGAGGAUUCUUCCGAACCUGAACGCGUCGUAUUUGCCCGUGAUGCCCGACGGCUCUGUGCUGCUCGUCGAUAACGUCUGUCACCAGUCGGGUGAGGUGGGCAUGGGCUCCUUCUCGCGCGUGGACACUCCCUCGGGCAGAUUACCCAGCAUGCUCAGCGCUCUGGAGGAGCACGACUUCCUGUUCCAGCUGCACCUCAAUGACACCAACCAGGAGGAGUCCACAGAGGGUCUGGAGGUUCCUCUUGUUGCCGUGGUUCAGUGGUCGACUCCCAAAAUGCCGUUCACCAACUGCAUCUACACCCACUACAGGUUGCCGAGCAUUCGUCUGGACCAGCCUCGUUUCGUGAUGACCGCGUCCUGUCCGCGCACCGUCAGGGUCAAAGAGCACUUCCGGGUCAGAUACGUCCUGCUCAACAACCUGCAGGACUUUCUCGCCGUCCGGCUGGUGUGGACGCCCGAGGCUCGUGGCUCUGAUGACCCGUCACUCUCCUCCGUCGUAUGUCUCUCCCCGCUCUCUAACCUCGGCCACUGCAGAAAAGGAAGUACUCUCUCCUUCAGCGUGGGCUUCCAGAUCCUGCGCCCGGGCCUGUACGAGUUGAGCCAACACAUGAAGUUAAAGCUGCAGUUCACCGCCUCAGUGUCCAACCCUCCUCCAGACGCCAGACCGCUCUCUCGUAAGAACAGUCCCUCGUCUCCGGCCGUCAGAGAUCUGUUGGAUCGACAUCAGGCCAGUUUAGGACGCUCCCAAUCCUUCUCCCACCAGCAGCCGUCCAGAUCACAUAUAAUGAGGACGGGCAGCGCCAUGGAGCGACGUGCCAUCACCCCGCCCGUGGGCUCCCCCGUCGGCCGCUCCCUCUAUCUGCCCCCGCCCGAACGCACCGUGCUCUCCCUGGACAAGAUAGCCAAGAGGGAGUGUAAGGUGCUGGUGCUGGACGCGGCCGCUUAGAGGAGGAGAGGAGACGAGGAGAAGAGGAGACAAGGAGGGAAGAGAGGAAAGGAGACCAGGAGAGGCAGAGACGAGCAGCUAAUGAGCCAAGACGGAGUGUAAGGUGCUGGUGCUGGUGCUGGUGCUGGACGCGGCCGCCUAGAGGAGGAGAGGAGACGAGGAGGAGGAGACAAGGAGGGAAGAGAGGAGAGGAGACGAGGAGAGAGGAGUAGACAAGGAACUACUGAGCCAAGACGGAGUGUAAGGUGCUGGUGCUGGACACAGCCACUUAGAGGAGGAGAGGAGACAAGGAGGAAGAGUGGAGGAGACAAGGAACCAAGAUGGAGAAGAGGAGAGAGGAGACGAGGAGAGGAGAUGAGAAAUAGAGGAGAGGAGGAGAUGAGGAACUAAUGAGCCAAGAGGGAGUGUAAGCUGCUGGUGCUGGAUGUGGCCUCUUAGAGGAGGAGCGAGGAGGAGAGGAAACGAAGAGAGAAAACGAGGAGAGAAGACGAGGAGAGGAAACGAAGACAGGAGAGAAGACAAGGAGAGAAAACGACAAGAGCAAACGAGGAAAGGACACAAAGAGAGUAAACGAGGAGCCUAUACCCCCCCUCUAAACACAGCCUGCACCCUGCUCUCCCUAGACAAGAUCAUGAAGAGGGAGAGCAAGGUGCUGGACGCGGCCUCUUAGAGAAGAGAAGACGAGAAAACAAGGAGACAGGAGAGGAGGAGAGGAGAUAAGAGAUACUGUAAGAUGCUGGACGCGGCCGCACGAGGAGAGGAGACAUUGUGAGUGGUCUUGACCCUGUGUCGAUGCGGCGUCUGGUUUGGUUCAUUUUGGCCAGAAACUCCACGUAAAACGAAAAAAAACAAAAAACAUAAACAGUUUUGAAUGUAAAUGUCCCAAAUUGGCCGCGCUUCUUUUACUACUGCUUCUUCCUGCUGUUACGACCUAAACCGAAACCUGAAUCAAACCCACAACCCUCUGGUUCUGAGGCGCGUGGAGGAGCCUGAGCCAAACGUAUCAAACCGGCUUAAACUUGAAUAUUUAACGUGUUUAAUGUAUUUAUGAUGUUUAAAUGUGUGAACUACUGACGCGCCGCAGUGAAGGGGCAGGAAAUGUCCAAAUAAGGGCACACAGGGUCACGUAUUUUUUUGAGUUAUUUUUAUUUAUUUAUUUAAUUUUAAUUUAAGCUGAAAAGUCUUGCUCAGAGUCUAAACCAUUUCCUGGUCACAGCACGGUCUCACUUGUUUUUAGUCGAAAUUUCAGUGGUUUAAAAAUUGCAAUUUGUUUGAUUUUUAUUUAUUUUUAUUUUUUUUCCAGAAUUAUUAAGUUUUAGUUUUUAGUGUAACAUACAAACUUCACUCUGGGAAACGAACUUGAAAACGUCUGUAUCAUCAACCAACGAGGAACAAAAUAUAUGCUGACUGUAGGUGGCGCCGUAAGUUUUUAAUCAUAGGAAAUGUUUCGAAAAGAGAGAAAUCAUUGAACUAUUCAGAGCUUUUAAAAAUGCUGUAGUUGUUUCCUUCUCAUUGAACCUCUGAAGUUGUAUUUAGACGUGAAUCCGUGUGUC